AUGGAGCGGACUCUCCGCCAUCCCACCAUCCUGGUAGAGGACCUGGGCGAGACCUUCGGGUCCUUCGGCCGGCGCGUCUCCAGCGGCUCGCGGCGCACCUCGGGGCUGAGCAUCGACACCCCGCACGAAGGCCCCUUCGAAAUUGGGAACUUGGAGGUGGCCAGACAGCUCUUGACGCAAAUCCGCCUGGACCUACAACUGGGUGCACCCGUGCCGGAGUCCACCAUGUCAGAGGCGUCGGUUCUCGCCUCCACGGCAGAUAGCCUCGGUGCCGAGUCCCAGGCUUCUGGCAAGAAGGAGGAGCAGGCAGCCCUCGGUGCCGCUGAGCUCUUUGAGGUCCAGCGCAUUCUGGUGGCGCGGGGAUCUGACGGUUACACGCUGCAGCAAGCAAGUCGCCUGGCUCACCACGUCAAGACGAUGCACUUCUUCAGGAGGCUCUCCGAAGAUCAGCUUCUGGAGCUUCUGAUGCACGCGGAGUUCCUGGACGUGGAGCUUGGCGCAAUGAUUUACAAGGAUGGUGAUCCAGUCGGCUAUGUGUAUGUUGUGCUCAACGGGUCCGUGACCAUCGAGCGGGCGCUGGAGGGUUCAGAUGGCGUCCGCGUCUUCGCCAAAAGCAUCUUUGACGGCCGCGCCUUCGGCGACGGCUGGGACGGUGGUAACCAUCGGGGGUCUAGCACUGUGCGCUGGACCACUGCUGUGGCACAGGAGAGGUCACUGGUGCUGCGCUUCAGCACGCCGCAGUACAUGGAGGUCUUGCAGAAGGACGACGUGUGCUCGGAAAACGCAUCUCGGCUGCGCUCCUUGAACUUUCUCUCCGAGUGCAGCGCCAGCGAGUUGGAGAUGUUACUGAUGACCCUCGAGACCGGCUCCGCGAACUACGCCUGCACCGUGCUCCGGCGAGGAGAGCGCCCACAUCGCUGCCGCAUUCUCACCGAAGGGCGGCUGAACCUCCUGACCAGCGCCAAGCUGGAGGUGCGGGAGUUGGUCCCAGGAUCCUCCUUUGGCAUCGGGGCGAUCCUUUCUGGCCGUGGCAGUUGCAGCUACACCUCCGAGGUGGAGGUGUCGGUCACCUCAAUGGUGGCCCACUUCUACCUCAUGUCGAGGAAGUCCCUGUCGCCGCUGCCAGACAUGGUGCAGGAGAGCAUUCUGCAGAGCGUGCGACAGACGAUUGCGGAUUGCCAGGACCCGAUUCAGGACGAUGGGCGCCUGGUCAUCCGCCGAGACCGCGACUGGCGCCGCCGAAAGCAGCGGAGUCUUGCCGAGGUGAGGCGCACCUGUGGCCGCAGCGCAGCGCGCGCCGGCGAGAUGCGUCCACGGUCGGCAGUCGCUGGCCAGCGAUGGUGCCCGGCGGGUCCUGGAAGGCCGUUUGCAGAGAGUGUAACUUCACUCGCCACGUCCGCCGCCACCACUGGCAAAGGUCCUCAUGCUGGGCUCCAGAGGACGAAGUCCGUCCCAGGGCGUCUUAGCAUUGCCUCCGCGCCACCCACGCCGUCCUCUUUUGGGCGGACGCAAACGCCCAUGAUGCGGAGCACCACGCCGUCGUCUUUCAUGCGGACAACGACGCCCUCGAUGCUGUCAAAGACACUUUAUUCCCCGGACGGCCGGCCACUGGCCAUCUUCCGUCGGACCGAAGAGGGCUUCGAGUUGCUGCCGAACCCUGCGCCGCUGAACCCGGUGGACCGUCGACACCGCCCGGAGCGGGCUCCUGCGGCCUCGCUCACGAUGAAAUUGUCGUGA